GGAAAAGAAGCCCGAUUUGGACGCAUCCUCGCCGCCUCUCCCUCCCUGCCUUUUCUUUAGCAAAGGGAAACUCCAAGUUAAAAUGGCCCACUCGCAGCGCCUCGUGAUCGCGUCCCUUGGAAACGAAUCUGGGUCUUUGAGAGGCGAUUGUGUUGAGGCCCCGGCUGGGUUUUUUUAAAAAUUAUUUUUAGGGUGACUUUCUUGGCAGGAGAGUUGUUUACCGGCUGGAAAUGUCAAGAGCGCCGCAACGGCCUCCCCUUCCAAAAGGCAGCUACUCGAGAACAGGCGGCUGAGUGACUCGCGCGCUCUCCCUCUCUCGGCAUCAACACGUGUGUUGAAAGGGAGGAGCGGGAAGCGCUCGCUCGCUUCCACUCGUUCCCCCCCUCCCCCCAUUACAGCAACUUGCUCCUUUGCAGGCCGGUUAUAGAGGAGGCACGCCUCGAGGAAGCCGGCUGGGGGGAAGAGGAGGAGGAAGAAGACGGGAGACCGCCAAGAGCCCCUAACUUUGCACCCCCGCCCCCUUCUUGUUCAUCCGCGAACUGCGGCAGGGCUCGCACUGCGAGGCCAGGUUUCCCAGAAAAAAAAAAAAAAAAAAUGCAGCCCAGGGGCUAGCUAGAAGCUGCCGGGCUGGCGAGAAGCAAACAAGCUCGGGCGGGAACAGGCGGGUGCAGUGGAAUCGGCGCCUGGAUCGGAGGAACCGGGGUCCCGGAGAAGGAAUCGCGAGGCUAGGAUGAACAGUGGGCAUGAUGGAUUAGGAUAUUCAUGUCUGUCUGGGAUUGAAGACUUGUCUUUGCUGGAAAACUGAAGUUGCUCCCCAGAUGGAAUUAUGGGCUGCUGACGGAAGAAUUGCUGUAUUUUCUGUCACCAUGGUAAUAAUAACUGAGAACUAAAUCAUGGCAUUUCGGAAGGCAGUGAAAGGAACUAUCCUCAUAGGAGGAGGAGCCAUUUCAACUGUUUUUGCCCUCUCACAAGUUUCUCAAUAUAGAAAAAAGGGUCAUCUUGCAUCUGUGGAAGCUUCAGAAUGUAAACUUAAACCAAUGCUAAGCUCCCUUCCAACUAGGGAGAAUCAUUUCCAGGCUUUGAGAGAAACCGCAGAAUUUGAUGUUCUUAUCAUAGGUGGAGGUGCAACAGGAAGUGGUUGUGCAUUAGAUGCUGUUACAAGAGGCCUCAGCACAGCUCUUGUAGAAAGGGAUGAUUUUGCAUCAGGGACUAGCAGCAGAAGUACUAAAUUGAUCCAUGGCGGAGUGAGAUAUCUACAGAAGGCCAUCAUGAAGCUGGAUUUUGAUCAGUAUAGAAUGGUGAAAGAAGCCCUCCACGAACGUGCCAACUUGCUUGAAAUUGCUCCUCAUUUAUCUGCUCCUCUGCCUAUAAUGCUUCCAGUUUACAAGUGGUGGCAACUGCCUUAUUACUGGGUGGGAAUUAAGAUGUAUGACCUUGUAGCAGGAAGCCAAUGUCUGAAAAGCAGCUAUGUGCUUAGCAAAUCCAGAGCUUUGGAACUCUUUCCUAUGUUACAGAAGGACAGACUCGUGGGUGCCAUAGUCUACUAUGAUGGACAGCACAAUGAUGCACGAAUGAACCUUGCCAUCGCCCUCACUGCUGCCAGGUAUGGGGCUGCCAUAGCCAAUUACACUGAAGUGGUGCACUUGCUGAAGAAGACGGAUCCAGAGAGCGGGAAAAGCCGGGUUUCUGGAGCAAGGUGCAGGGAUGUUCUAACAGGGCAGGAAUUUGAUGUCAAAGCCAAAUGUGUUAUCAAUGCUACAGGACCUUUCACAGAUUCUGUGAGGAAAAUGGAUGAGCGGGAAGUACCAAACAUCUGUCAACCAAGUGCAGGUGUUCAUAUUGUGAUGCCCGGCUAUUACAGCCCUGAUAAUAUGGGACUUCUUGACCCAUCUACUAGUGAUGGACGAGUGAUUUUCUUCCUGCCAUGGCAAAAGAUGACCAUUGCUGGCACUACUGAUACUGCAACUGAAGUUACCCAUCACCCGAUACCUACAGAAGAAGAUAUCAACUUCAUUUUGACAGAAGUACGCAACUAUCUUAGCUGUGAUGUUGAAGUGAGGAGAGGAGAUGUUCUGGCAGCAUGGAGUGGAAUUCGUCCCCUUGUGACGGAUCCCAAUUCUAAAGAUACACAGUCCAUAUCUCGAAAUCAUGUGGUGCAUGUUAGUGACAGCGGCCUUGUGACUAUCGCAGGUGGGAAGUGGACAACCUAUCGCUCAAUGGCCCAGGAUACCAUUGAUGUUGCAGUAAAAACUCAUAACCUUCAGGCUGGUUCCUGUAGAACUGUAGGAUUGCUCCUGCAGGGUGCAGAGGGUUGGAGCCCUACCCUUUAUAUCCGCCUGGUUCAAGAUUAUGGACUUGAAAAUGAGGUUGCUCAACAUCUUGCAAAUACAUUUGGGGACAAGGCUUUUGAAGUGGCAAAAGUAGCCCAGGUAACUGGGAAGAGGUGGCCUAUCGUUGGGAAACGUCUUGUCUCCGAGUUUCCAUAUAUUGAGUCAGAGAUCGAGUAUGCCAUCGGUGAAUAUGCUUGCACUGCAGUGGACAUGAUUGCUCGUCGCACUCGCCUGGCUUUUCUGAAUGUCCAAGCUGCCGAUGAAGCCUUACCGAGAAUCAUUGAGAUAAUGGGCAAGAAACUGAAAUGGAGUGAACAGAAGAAAAAGGAAGAGCUUGCGACUGCACAAAAGUUCCUGUACUAUGAAAUGGGCUACAAGGCAAAGUCGGAGCAACUGACAGAUCAGAGUGAAAUCACUUUAUCCCCAGGAGAUAUUGACAGGUACAAAAAAAGAUUCCACAUGUUUGAUAAAGAAGGCAAAGGUUUUAUUACUAUAUUGGAUGUGCAGCGUGUGCUAGAGAGCAUCAACCUUCAAAUUAAUGAAAGUGCACUCCAUGAGAUUUUGAAUGAAGUGGAUUUGAACAAAAAUGGGCAGGUUGAACUCAACGAGUUUUUGCAACUCAUGACUGCUAUUCAGAAAGGAUAUGUAUCUGGAAGCCGGCUUGCCGUACUUAUGAAAGCAGCUGAAGAAAAUAUUCAUCAGCGGGAAGUGAUUUCAGUGGACCGGAGUUGUGGUGGACUGUGAGUUGGGAGGUGGAGGGGCUUACAGCUAUAAAAAGGGGCGCCCCCUGGUUGCCUCUUUCAAUGCUGAAAAACAUUCCACUGCUUUCAGAUGUUUCUGCUUCUCCUCACUCUGAGCGACUGUGUGCAGAAAGUCACAUUGUACAGCUCUCCUUUUUACAUUUGUGUGAAGAGUCUACUUGACUGGCGGCCUGUUGAAAUGGCUUUCUCUAGCAUCCAUGCCAAACAAGACGAUGAAAAGAAGAAAUAGUCCAUCUUCCCCCCCUCCCCCCCCCCGGGCUAAUCCUGGGAGAUGAACACUCAAGCCAUGGCAAGGGAUCCAUGUGACAACCAGACAUGAAUGUAGAUUUCUUUUUUGCAAAAAUAAUUCGUCUUCUACGUUAAUAGGGUCCUCUCUCCAUUCCCUUUCUGCCUUUUGAUACAUUAACCAGGCAAAAGUGGACGAUGCCAGCAUGCCUUUAGUAUCUUAAAAAUGGACUUUUUUUGUUAAAUGUCCAAAUACUUUUUUUCCCUCCCCAUCCUUUCAGAGAAGUACAUUGUGCUAAAUAUUCAUUGCUUGCCUAGAACUUUGGUACAAACAUUUUUUAUAAUGGCCACAGUCUAUUAAAAAGCGCACACCAUAAAAAUGAGUGAUUUAUCAUGGAGGAGAGUGCUUGCAUUUAGAAUUUUCGUAGACUGUAUUCCAAAAUAGAAGUAUAAUGUCCAACCAAGGAAUUGCAGUGAUACAAUUGUAUUUUAAUAAGAGGAUAUGCAGGGCCUAAUUCUUCAAAAGUGUUCUAAACCCAAAAAAGCCAGCAUAAAAUAGAAAAUAAACAUAUCAAAUGGUGCUUUUUUACUUUACAGUAGAAAGAAGGAAGCCAUUCCUUCCCUGGUACAUUUUGUGUAUAGAAAAAAAAAAGAGCUAAAUCCUGUAUCAUGUGGGUGGUUUUGGUUUGCUCUGAAAUUUUCAUAAGAAAAAGGUUUCUGAAAUCUUAUUUUAUUUGUGGUAGGUGCCCCAUAACUCCUCAGAAAAAUAGUGAAGAAAUAUUAGGCAAGAUUACAUUACCUUCUUGCUAGGAUUGCUGGUUCAGUUUUAGACUAUUUAGGCUAUUUUCUAAAAAAAAUACUUUUACAUAUUAUUUAAAAUGAAUUUAGGUGAAAAAAAUGCUUCCAGAUUACAAUGAUAAAUUAAUAGCAAAAUCAGUAAAAGGUAUGCCCUUUUCUAUUUAGAAAAUAAAAUUACAGCAAAGUACAAACCUAAAAGGAACAAAGUCAUGUUACCGUGGAAAUUUUGCCUUUGUAUCUCUGAUGGCCUUGCUCAUUUGUUGUUUGUUACAGGUUUUAAUAAUAAUAUUCCAAUGCAAUUUAUAGAUCAGUAAGAGUUGUAGUACUUAAACUUGCAGAUCCAAAUUCUGUCAUUUACUUAUAUUAGUGUUUCAGUGCUGUGCAUUUCUUCACUCUUCAGAGCAAUCUAUAGGAAAGGGCCAUUUAUAAAAAUAAAGUUAAAAUUCAGAUUUACUCUAUAUUCAAAAUUUGAGUAUAUUAAGGGCAUCUCUUGCUAGAAGUAGACAUUGCCCUGCCCAGUCCAGCCUAGCCCAGCCGUUAGCAUGAAGCACUCCUAUUUUCUAUUUGGAAAUUUAGACAGCAUUGAAGGAAAGGAGCAAGGUCUUCAUAAAGGAUAUUAAAAGGUAGAAUUCUAAAAUGCCCUCUAGCAAAAUUCUCUGCAGACCAUUUCCCAUGUAAGUUACCGUUAUGAUCAAGAAAUGUCAAUCCUGUGUUUUAUAGGUUAAGAGUAGAGAUGGAAGCCAAAGCAAGAAUCUCCUCCUCUUUAGGCCUGGAGCACUUCAGAAUGACUUGGAAUACAGGCCUAAACUGGGCCUGCAUUUGACAGUAGGAGAUCUCUCUUUGAGCACAAAGAGUUGGGGUAUCUUUGUGGUAGAUCUUUCUCCUCCUCCCCUACCUCCCAUCACCAACAUAUAUUGGAUGAUUUUUACAUAGCACUUUCAGCUCGUUCCAUUUUCCUUUGACCAAAAAAUGCCAAACCUUAACAAAAAGCUAUUAUAAAUAACUCUUCUAAGAUUGCUGAAGUGUGGAGAGGUCCAGAAAAACAGUUGAGAUGCCGGUCAUUACACAUUUAAUUAAUAAUGGAUGCAACAUUUUUCAGUGUUUGGGGCAAAAGAUUAAUGGCAGAUAUAUGGAUCCAAGUGCAUCUUGUCCAUGUGAAACAUUGAGGGUUAAGCAAACACCCAAAAUAUAGUGAGGCUGAGGAUCAUAGGGCUGAUAUAUACCAAGGCUAUCUAUCACAGUUCUUAGCAAAGAGUUUUAAUGAGCAUUUGCGUGCACACCUUUAGAAAUAGACUUCUCUGAUAACCAGACAUUGGCGUAAUGUCUAAUGUUUGUCCUAAACCCAGCAAAGGUCUCUUCACAGGGUCUGCCAUGUUUUCCUAUUGAUGCCAUUACACCAUGAUCAAGAAGCCAUGAUUUCUUUUACGCAUUGCCUGCAUAAAACUAGUUGAACUCUAGGAAAUGUUUUAGCCAACACACCCCUCGGCUUCCUAUGGGAAGGGAAAAUUUUAUUCCCCCACAUCAUUUUAUACAUUUGCUCACUUCAGUUAAAAGUAGACUCUUGGAAUUACUUGGUUUCUCUGUGAUAGUAUUUCUUUGUAUAUUUGGAAGGGAAUAUACAUGAAUGUAUAGGAAGCACAAAGCUCUUUUUUGUAUAACAGUAAUUUGGUGUGAUACUGAUGUACAAUUGUUUUGAAAACAAAGAAAUACAGGAGCAGGGUGUUCUGUAGUGGUUGUGUGUGGGGAUGAAUAGGUAAGCACACAUUUAUCUAUGCAUAUAUGCAUAUGUAUACAUAUACAUAUACCGCAUGUUUUUCCAUCUGGCACUUUUAUGUAUUGUGCUGGGUUAUUGUUCAGGAUUGGACUGCUAAAUACUGUGUUUGAGGCUGGGUUGUCAUUUUUAUAACUGUCUUGGUGUUUUAUUGCCAUUAUUUAUUACUUUUGAUAUACAGAAUGAGCUGCAUGCAUUUAUAGAGCAAUAAGAGGAUGUAUUUAAUGUGCCUUGUUUUUAACUGAAUAAGAUCUGAAAGCAUGAAUCAAUAAAACUGAUUAAAAUGGUC